GUUCUCUCAUUUUUCUGUUGUUGCAUAAACGUAAACAAUUUCAUAGGCAUUAAGGAAAUCAUACAAAGUUAUGUCGACUUCAGGAUCCAUCCUUCCUUGCAAAGCUGUGUGCUUUCGAAUGGCGUCGUCCAAAUCCCAGCCUGCUAUUCUCUGUUUUAGUCAUCUCUUGGUGAUAUCAAAACAAAAGGGAAAACAUCAGAUUCUAAGAAACCAUCAGAAGUUGCAAUCGCUGGGCACCAGUCUAAGAGUGCCAAAUAGUGACAGAUACAGGAACAUGGUCGUCUGCAGCGGUGUUGGAUCAGGACCUCCGAUCCCUUCUGAUCCUUCUCCUGGGUCCUGGAAACCUUGGAUUCUGGGAAUGCUGUUCAGUAUAAUCCUACCCUUUUGGAGGGGCAAAUGGGGGCCAUUAUUAAAACUGAAAGACAGAGUUGAAACUGUAAUAGACACGGUCGAAACCGUAACAGAUAUAAUAGAAGAAGUGGCCGAGCAAGUGGAAAAAGUAGCAGAUAAGGUAGGUGAUCAACUACCGGAAGGCAGACUUAAAGAUGCCCUUGAAUUUGUUGAAGAUAUUGCUGAAGAAACAGCCGACGACGCACGUUUAGCAGGAGAAUUCAUCGACAAGGUAGAAGACGCGGUGGACGAUGUGGAAAAACAGGUGGAAUCUUUCUUCGACAAGGAUGAAAAAGCCGAAGAGACAAAGGAAGAUGACAAGGGUCAUGAUUAGGCAAACAUACAAUGCAGCUCUCUUCUCAUUACAAUAAGGAUGCAUAGGGAGUUCAAUGAAUCCUCUUUCAACUGUAAUUUUAUAA